AGAGCCGUCAUGUAUGCAGGACGCAAGAGGAGAAAACCAGUUCAGAGAGCGGUGAAGCAGCCGCCAGCUGAAGGGGCUAAAUCCAACCCGUCCAAACGGCACAGAGACCGGCUGAAUGGCGAGCUGGAGCGUCUGGCCAGCCUGCUGCCUUUCCCCGAAGAGGUCACCGCCAGCCUGGACAAACUCUCCAUCCUCCGCCUCAGCGUCAGCUACCUGCGAGCCAAGAACUUCUUCUCUGUCACCCUGAACAGUAGAAAUGGAGCGACUCCAGCCAGAGUGAACGAUGACGACAGCAAACCAGCAGGAGUGGUGGAGACCAAGAUCCCUGAAGGUGAACUGUUGCUGCAGGCUCUCAAUGGUUUUGUCCUGGUUAUCACUGCCAGUGGGACCAUCUUCUACUCCUCUCACACCAUCCAGGACUAUUUGGGCUUCCACCAGACCGAUGUUAUGCACCAGAGCGUGUAUGAACUGGUCCAUACGGAGGACCAGCAGGAGCUCAGGAGAAACCUGCACUGGGCUUUGAAUCCUCCUCCUGCCGCUGCAUCUGCUGGCACCCAGGACUCCACCGAAGAGAUGGAACCUGACAGCAGCUCGUCUCUGGUCACCUACAACCCUGAACAGCUUCCCCCAGAGAACUCGUCCUUCCUGGAGAGGAGCUUUGUGUGUCGUUUUCGCUGCUUAUUGGACAACUCCUCCGGCUUUCUGGCUUUGAACAUCCAGGGGAGGCUCAAGUUUCUGCAUGGACAGAACCAGCGGCAAGAAAACGGAGGGAAGGCCCCGCUGCAGCUCGCCCUCUUCGCCAUCGCGACUCCUCUGCAGCCUCCAUCCAUCCUGGAGAUCAGGACCAAGAACAUGAUCUUCAGAACCAAACACAAGCUGGACUUUACACCACUGGCCUGUGAUGCAAAGGGGAAGAUAGUUUUGGGAUACACAGAGGCUGAACUGCGGGUUCGCGGAUCAGGCUAUCAGUUCAUCCACGCAGCAGACAUGUUGUACUGUGCAGAGAACCAUGUCAGAAUGAUGAAGACUGGAGAGAGCGGUCUGACUGUGUUCAGGCUCCUCACCAAGGAGAAUCGUUGGAAAUGGGUCCAGGCUAAUGCCAGACUGGUGUACAAGAAUGGCAAACCGGACUACAUCAUCGCCACCCAGAGGCCUCUUCUGGAUGAAGAGGGAGGAGAACAUUUGCGUAAGCGCUCCAUGCAUCUGCCCUUUACCUAUGCUACAGGUGAGGCUCUGCUCUACCAGUCCAACCACCCCAUUGCAGCCUUUAGAGAUGGAAGCCAUGAGAAGAAUGGCAGUAAGUCAAAGAAGAGCAGGACUGACAGGCUGGUGAGGGAUGGUCUGGACCCCGGCUCCCUCCUGGGGGCACUUAUGAGUCAGGAUGAAUCGGUGUACGUUUGCCAGCCCGCCCUGGAGCCCAAAAUGUCUUUCCAUAGCACCUUCUUUGGAGAGCAAAUGGGCUUCUCUGACUCCGAACCCUCCAGCUUGCACCGGAGCUGGGACGAGCCAAGCAAUGGUGUUGUGGGCCCAGGCAUCACAGAGCCAAACACAAGCUUUGACCCGCUGCUGGCUACUCUGGACUCCCUCUCCUUGGAAGGCCAAGGGGUUGUGGAUGCAGAAGAGGGGGGUUGUUCAAAUGGUGAGCUGUUUGGAGCUCUGGAGGGGUUAGGGCUGAGUGCUGAGGACCUGGAGCUGCUGCUGCUGGAUGAGCGGAUGAUCAGAGUCGAGAUGGACCCUGAACGCGUGCCCACUUUGGACGACCUGCUGACAAAUGACGAGAUCCUUUCAUAUAUCUAUGACUCCAUAGAGGGAAAGACUGAUUCCACAGAGCAUGGAGGACAGGUGCCUCCGAGUACAGCCUCAGCUACAGCCACAACGGUGUCACUACCUGAAAGUAAUACCACCUCUGACACUAAUAUGCAAAUGCUGUUUCCUCACCAUAAGCCUCCCCUGGUGGGGCAGGCUCCCAUCGUCCAGCUGUCCCAGCAGAUGCAACAGCACCUCAACAUGAGCACAAGUAAAGUGUUGCAUGACUGGGGCCAGCAGAGUGACCAUUUGGCUAACACGAUAGUUAAUGGAGAGCUGCUGGGGCAAAAACAAUCUAUUCCCAAUGGACAGUGGACAGCCCAAGACAUUCUAGCCAGUGCAGGGAUACAACUGGAACACUUUAACGCACAACAGACUAUUUUCAAUGGCAAGGCCUCGGAGCUGGAUGGCGAGCUCCAUCAGCAGCAAAGCCAUCAACGCUACCUUCAGCAGCAGCAGCAGCAGCAGCCGCCCAGGAUGCAGAGCCAGCUCUCACAGCAGCGCCUUGCCAAACAGAAGGCGGUCAACCUCAACGGACUGUGUGGCAUCUCCAGCACAGAGCAUUCGACUGGGAAAUCCCAGUGGCAGGACUAUGGAUUCAGUGAGAGUCUGGGCAGCAGCUCCUGCCUUGAUAACAGCCAAAAACCUCUUACAAACACCUCACUAGAUUCUUGCAUGGAUUAUAGUAUGCCUGACAAUGCAGAUUACGCUGUCAGUGGAAGUGGUUUGCUUGGGAGGAGCGUGCAACAGCACGGGGCCGAGUCCAUGGUUUCCUCCUUCCAGGGAAUGAACCACAAACGACAGCAGGAGCAGAUCCCAGUUCCUUUGGUCCAGGUCAUCUCCAGCCUGUCGCAGUGUCCUCCCCCCAACGCCUCCCUGGAGCAGAUCCUGGGAGUGGGCAAGCCCUGCCGGCAGCUGGACCAUUAUGGCAUGGUAGCCUCAGAGAUCCCCCAUGAUCCCAGUCAUAGUAAGAUGGAGAACGGCUGCAUCCUGAACAGUACUUACCCAACAGGCUGUGCUCUGCCCAACGGGAACGGACCAGCGCCCCCUACUGUCCAGAUGCCCGGCCCUGAGACUUUGUCCAGCCUCCCCGACCCACCAGCCACGGGCUUCUACCUCUGA